AAGGGUUAAUCUCAUAUAUCACACUGAGCUCUUUUUCAUUUUCAAUUUUUUUAAAUGUCGUGCAAAUUCUGGUGAGCCGGUAAGUAAAUGCAAGCUAUUUUUUUCAUUUGUAGCGAAUACGAAUAUACGAUUUUUGAUUCCAGAUACAUGUCAAAAGAUAUUCGUUCGACUAUUCUGAUAUUUGUCUGAGCACUAGGAUGGGAGAUACUUUUGCUCUAUUUGUUGAUAUGGUAAAUCAAAAGCGCCAUUAUGAGUAAAUGAAUAGUUUUUAUUAUUUCUGUGUUUUAGGUUGUUCCCGUCUAUGCAACUUAUGUAUAAAACUGCAUUUAAUUUGUUCUGUAGAUUGUGUCCAGCGAGGGUGGUUUUGAGACCGUCUGUAAGGAGAAAAGAUGGUCUAAGGUAGCUAACCGGAUGGGGUAUCCCCCAGGAAAAGGAACAGGCUCUCUUCUGCGCUCCCACUUUGAGAGGAUCCUCUUCCCUUAUGAGCUGUUCCAGUGCGGGGCCACGCUAUCGGGAAUCCACAAGCUGGCCGAAGGGAACGAGGACAGAGAGGAGGAGGAUGAGGAGGAGGAGGAGGAGGACGAGGAAGAUGAAGAGGAUGGGGGUGAGGAAAAGCAGGAGGAAGAGGCAGUAGAGGAGGAAGAAGAGAAGCUGAGCGAAGGGUCUCAAUGUCCGCACAAAGACCCCAUACUUCAAGGAAACAACCCUCGCGAGCGAAGAUCGAGGCACCUGAGGUCCUCAGAGUGCGAUAACAAAGAGCUGAAGAACCUGCAAAUAUUUGGAGCUGGAUCUAAAAUUAUGGGAUUAGAAAUCGUCGAGGACGGUAGGCCAUUUCUGUUAAGAAUUUACAAUACCAUUCCAAAUUAAUUUAUAUAGUGUCCUCCAUGUACAAGCAUCCCAAGGCAUUUACAAAAAAUACAACAGACUAAAAACAGCUUGCUAAUGAAAAGCCAAAGCAAGUAUGUUUUAAGUUUUAAAAUGAGAAAUCCAAAGUGGAGGUGCUUGAGAACUAUGCACUUGUACCAUAGGUUUUAAUC